AUGCAUGUUGGAGCCAAAGCGCUUGUGGGUUUACUUCGUCUACACAUUUGGGUUGCGAAUGCCAAAAAACUGGCAUUAUCUGUAGUCAGGCACUGCGUCCACUGCUACCACUACAAGCCCAGACUUGCGAAUCAAAUAAUGGGUUCGCUUCCUUCUGACCGACUGCAGACCGUCAGACCAUUAACUGUAACUGGAGAUCUACUGUGUGGACCGUUUUUAACAUCCCAUCGCAUACGCAGCAAGGUGCCAUAUAAGACUUAUUUGGCGAUCUAUGUUUGCUUCUCAUCAAAGGCGGUACACAUAGAGCUACUCUCAGACCUUUCAACUAAUACAUUCAUUCUCUCGUUGAAGCGCUUUGUUUCUCGUCGUGGCAGCCCUUGUCGCAUAUAUUGUGAUAACGCGACAAAUUUCACUGGAGCCAGCGUCCAACUCAACCGCUUCAAGCAAGAACUCUUUAGUCAGCAAACUAAUCAGGAUCUGGAAACCUUCAGCAACGACACUGGAGUCGAAUUCUGCUUUAUUUCGCCACAUUUCGGUGGACUCUGGGAGGCGGCGGUUAAAUCUAUGAAGAACCUACUCGUCAAAUUUAUGUCGGACAGCGGGAUGACAUACGAGGAACUGCAGACGAUCGCAAUUGAGGCCGAAGCCAUCCUGAAUUCUCGGCCAAUUGCUGGUCAUUCAGAGGAUCUCAAUGACGGGGAAGCUCUUACCCCUGGUCACCUCCUCACUGGUUCAUCCCUUAAGGCACUCCCUGAACCAGCAGUGGAUGACAACAAGUUAUCGUAUCUAACACGAUUCCAACGCAUAGCAUACACGAAAAGACGCCUUUGGGACCUGUGGCGGCGGGACUACCUGCACUCCCUUUAG